CUCGGCGGCGGAGGAGGCCCAGAGACCUGAACGCAGACGCUUCUCCCGCGGCCUACAGAGCCUUCUCCCCACCGGAGGACCAGGAAACCGCAGUCUUCAUCACAGAGGUACCGUGCUCUGCGCUCCCCGCCUGGCCCGGCCCAGCCUGCUGUGGCGGCGCCUCCUUCCUUCCUUCUUCCCUCGCUCUCUCUCUCGCCCGCCCGCGCCUUCCCUGUCUGCCUGCGUCACCGCGGCCGCCAUGGCUGAGAACGGCGAGAGUAGCGGCCCCCCGCGCCCCUCCCGCGGCCCUGCUGCGGCCCAGGGCCCUGCCUCUGCCCCGGCCGAGCCCAAAAUCAUCAAAGUCACUGUGAAGACCCCCAAAGAGAAAGAGGAGUUCGCGGUGCCUGAGAAUAGCUCAGUCCAGCAGUUUAAGGAAGCGAUUUCGAAACGCUUCAAAUCCCAAACCGAUCAGUUAGUGUUGAUUUUUGCCGGAAAAAUCUUAAAAGAUCAAGAUACCUUGAUCCAGCAUGGCAUCCAUGAUGGACUGACUGUUCAUCUUGUAAUUAAAAGCCAGAACCGACCUCAGGGCCAGUCCACACAGCCUAGUAAUGCCGCGGGAACUAACACUACCUCCGCGUCGACUCCCAGGAGUAACUCCACAUCUAUUUCCACAAAUAGCAACCCGUUUGGGCUGGGGAGCUUGGGAGGACUUGCAGGCCUUAGCAGCCUGGGCUUGAGCUCGACCAACUUCUCUGAGCUCCAGAACCAGAUGCAGCAGCAGCUCCUGUCCAGCCCUGAGAUGAUGAUCCAAAUCAUGGAAAAUCCCUUUGUUCAGAGCAUGCUUUCAAACCCUGAUCUAAUGAGGCAGCUCAUUAUGGCCAAUCCACAGAUGCAGCAGUUGAUUCAGAGAAACCCAGAAAUCAGUCACCUGCUCAACAACCCAGAUAUAAUGAGGCAGACCCUCGAAAUUGCCAGGAAUCCAGCCAUGAUGCAAGAGAUGAUGAGAAAUCAAGACCUGGCUCUCAGCAAUCUUGAAAGCAUCCCAGGUGGCUACAAUGCUCUACGGCGAAUGUACACUGACAUUCAAGAACCCAUGCUGAAUGCUGCACAAGAGCAGUUUGGGGGUAAUCCAUUUGCUUCAGUGGGGAGCAGUUCCACCUCCGGGGAAGGUACACAGCCUUCCCGCACAGAAAAUCGAGAUCCACUACCCAAUCCAUGGGCACCACCACCGGCUACCCAGAGUUCUGCAACCACCAGCACAACCACGAGCAGUGGCAGUGGGUCUGGCAGUAGCUCCAGCAGUGCUACUGGGAACACCGUGGCUGCAGCCAACUAUGUCGCCAGCAUCUUCAGUACCCCAGGAAUGCAGAACUUGCUGCAACAGAUAACUGAAAACCCCCAACUGAUCCAGAAUAUGCUAUCUGCACCCUACAUGAGAAGCAUGAUGCAGUCGCUGAGCCAGAAUCCAGAUUUGGCUGCACAGAUGAUGCUGAAUAGCCCGGUGUUUACUGCAAAUCCUCAGUUGCAGGAGCAGAUGCGUCCGCAGCUCCCAGCUUUCCUGCAGCAGAUGCAGAAUCCAGACACACUGUCAGCCAUGUCAAACCCAAGAGCAAUGCAGGCUUUAAUGCAGAUCCAGCAGGGGCUACAGACAUUAGCCACUGAAGCUCCUGGCCUCAUUCCAAGCUUCACUCCAGGCCCCAUUGGGCCCAUAGGACCCACUGGCCCUGCGGGCCCUGGCUCCACUGGCUCUGGUGGUCCCCCUGGGCCCACUGUUUCUAGUUCUACACCCAGUGAAACCACUAGCCCAACAUCAGAAUCUGGACCCAACCAGCAGUUCAUUCAGCAAAUGGUGCAGGCUCUGGCUGGGGCAAGUCCUCCACAGCUGCCGAAUCCAGAAGUCAGAUUUCAGCAACAACUGGAACAGCUCAACGCAAUGGGGUUCUUAAACCGUGAGGCAAACUUGCAGGCUCUAAUAGCAACAGGAGGCGACAUCAAUGCUGCCAUUGAGAGGCUGCUGGGCUCCCAGCCAUCGUAAUUACAUUUCUGUACCUUGAAAAAAUGUAUCUUAUUUUUGAUAAUGGCUCUUAAAUCUUUAAACACACAAAAAUCGUGCUUUACUUUCAUUUUGAUUCUUUUAAAUCUGUCUAGUUAUAAGUCUAAUAUGCAUUUUAAGGUGGAGUCCAUCCCUCUGUCCCUCCCUCCUGUAUCUACCCAUCCUUCCUCCCUCCCUUCUUCCCCUCCCCUCCCUUCCCUCCUU